AUGGAACAGUUCAGGAAGUUCACCGAAAAAAUGCUCGUUGAAAUACCGAAAAUGUUAGAGAUUCUUAAAUUAGAAACAAUUGAAAAGGUGAACGACAUCAUUAUAGCUGUUCAAGAUCAAUCACAAAUACCAGAUCUGCUGAAUUUUCAUGUGCUAUUUGUAUGUUUCUUGUGGAUAGCGAUUAUGAUGAUUGGCUUUAUCACUGGAGAAUUUGUUGGAACUCAGUUACUCGGUGAUAUCUUACCAUAUAUCUGUGAUGACUCGUCAGCUAUCGUUCUGAACUUCAUCUUAAUUCCUUUAUUCCUUUAUCGACAGCUUGACACGAUUCCAGAGGAGUCUCGUCAGUCACAUUCUCUACUUCUCGCCUUUGCGAUCAUUCAGGGUCUCUUAAGCGGUUUAAUUCUGCGCAAUCAUUUGGUGAUUUUACUUGCACCUCUUCAUCUGGCCAAUAUUAUCUACAUAGCCGUAAUAUCACGUAUUAUCGGUCACAAACUGAACAAUGAUAGACAAGCUUAUUAUGGGAUUAUUAGCGGAAUUGCGUUUGUGAUUUUCUCAUUGUCCGCCCUCAUAAUGGGUACAAUGUGUACAGGCUUCGCUCUGAAUACAUUGUUUGCUGUAUUUACAUCGCACGUUGUCAUUCAGGUCUACAUGCAUCGUGUAUCUCAGUCAAAUCUAAAGCCGUCAUACAUUCAAUUGGCCAUGUUGAAUUCAUCAAUUUAUGCGCAGGCGUUUGUCGGUUACCUUUGCACGUAA